CUCCCCUUUACUCCUUAUUAUCUAAAUAAUCUUGAAUAGAGAAGUAAUACGGGACCGAUGUUUGAGAGUUGAAGUUGAAAAUCGAGGCAACAUAUUUCCACCGUUGGAUCGCUGCACCCUGAUCCUCUUUUACACCUACUGUGCCCGUCGUUCGCUAUUUCUCUAGCGGAAGUAGUAAAUAUCGUCUUCUCCAAAAUUCUCGCUUCUACUACCACCCGCCAAAGCACUCCCAGGCGGCCAGGCCUCAACCCAUACUUCAUUUCGAUAUACUUUUUUUGAUGCAGUACUCUUGUGAAUCUGGGGGUUUGAAGAUUCAUAUCUUCCAUGGAUAGUAACAUCAAUGUUCUGAAUGAGUUUCACUUGAUGGAGGCAAAUGGUAUUAAGGAUGACACAUGGGAGCAGCCUGUAGAAGAGAAGAUGACUGUUGAUUCGAAUGGAAAUGAAGCUUAUCCUGAGGGAAUUGCAGUGGAGACACCCAGUGUUGUUUUGGAGGUUACUGAUGAACUUGCUACUGAAGGCAGGAAGGCUGAAAAUGUGGAUAGUAUUAUUAGCUACUUGCAGGAUGAGAAGGAAUUAGAAUUGAUAGAUGAUGAUGAAAAGUUUGAGGAGGCAAUUGAAGCUUCCAUCGAGGAUGAUGAGAAGUUUGAGGAGGCUGUUGAGGCCCCUACUCCUGUGGUUCAAAGUGUUCUUGAUGGGACUGAUAGGAAAAUAGAGGUUCAGGAAACUGAGGACGCUUUUUCAAAUCAAUUAGCAAUGGGUGAAACUGAACAAUCAGAGAAUUCUGAUACUGUUGAGUGUGGCAAUAAAAUUAUGAUGCAAGUGGCUGAUUUAGAUGACAAUGUUGAAACUGGUACUUCUUUAUUUGCAAAGCGAGUGAAUGAAAAACCGAUUGAAGUUUCAAAUGAUUCAGAAAAUGGAGCCUUGAGUCAUUUGAGUCCUGGAGAAACUAUAUCGUGUGUCCGUGACAAUUGUGCAAUGACAGCAGAUGAAGGAAAACUUGAUGAAAAGUUGGAAAGGCAAGACGUCCAUGAAUUUGAAGGAGGUGACGGGAAUUCCCAGAAGAAGUUUGCGUCUUACAGAGAUGUUUUGCUUCGAUCUGAAAAAAAUAUUUUUGCGAGGAAGAUUUCUGAUACAGCUGUUACUGGAGUUCAGGACAGUGUUCAUGUUCCCACUUGCAACUCAGUUAUCACAGCCACCAAUUUCAAGGGCGAUAAACAGUCUGAUAUGGAAGAAAGAGAUUCAAUGCUUCUGGAAGCAGAUGGUAAGAUUGAUGAAUGGAAGGAUGCUUCCCCAAGUGAUACUUCAGUUCAUGGAGAAAACAUGCUCUUCAAUGACGGAAUUAAGGAAAAGGAAUUUCCGGAACUUGAAUCAUGGAAUCAGGGUAAAAGUAAUGGAGAACAGAAGGAAUUUCCAGAACUUGAAUCACUGGUUCAGUGUAAAAGUAAUGGAGAGCAGAGGGAUAUACAAUGCAAUGAUAGUGCAGCUUCAGGUUUCCACAAUGAAGGAAGCUUUAAAUUACAUAAAGAAUUGAAAGCGGAAGAAUUCCCGGAUCUAACUACUGAACUCCAUGAGGACACUCCAAUGGAAUGUAAAGCAAUCACAGAUGAUGCUGUUUUCAGCCUUACACCCAAUAUUUCACUGGAGUCACCCAUAUGUAUUCAGGAGAACAAGCACAAGGAUGUCCAGAAUAAUAAUGGAGUUCUGUACCACCAAGCUGGAAGCCUCAAGCUGCCUGCAGAUUCCAAAGAAAGUGUACCUGUUCCAGAUACUGGGCAUGAGGGGGGUAUUUCAGUGGGAUAUAAAGCAACCAGUCCAGAAGUUGGUAAUGCCCAUCCAUUUAAUGAUUCCACUGAUAGCAAUGUUGUCUCCCCCGCUGGUUCUUCUAAUGUGGCUGUAAACUUUUCAAAGCAUUCUCAACCUCAAGUUGUGAAUGCUGCCCUUGAGAUCCCCAAUGCACAAGAUAAGGAGCCUGACAAUAAGCAAGUAAUAUAUGUCGAAGAGAAGCUAACCGCUCCUAAGAGAAGGCAAGAGGACACUGAAUCUGAAACAGAUUCAUCUUCCUCCCCAGCAUCUGCAAUACAUUUGUCUUCCUCCGCGACAUCUGUAACUCCUACGCCCACCCCAGCUGGCCUUGGGCGUGCUGCCCCACUGCUGGAACCUGCGCCUCGAGUAGCACCACAACCUCGAGUGAAUGGAGCACCCUCUUCGGUGCAAAGCCAACUUAUUGAGGAGUCUACGACUGCUGAGAGCGACGAAUGUGAUGAAACACGUGAAAAACUCCAGAUGAUUCGAGUUAAAUUUCUGCGGCUUGCCCAUCGGCUUGGGCAGACUCCACACAAUGUUGUUGUUGCUCAGGUGUUGUACAGACUUGGGUUAGCUGAACAAUUACGAGGGAGAAAUGGAGGCCGUGUUGCUCCUUUUAGCUUUGAUCGUGCUAGUGGUAUGGCAGAGCAGCUCGAGGCAGCCGGACAGGAACCCUUAGAUUUCUCUUGCACGAUCAUGGUACUUGGGAAGACAGGAGUCGGUAAAAGUGCAACCAUUAAUUCUAUAUUUGAUGAGGGAAAAUUUGGAACAGAUGCUUUCCAGAUUGGAACAAAGAAGGUUCAAGAUGUUAUUGGAACUGUGCAGGGGAUCAAGGUCCGGGUAAUUGACACGCCUGGACUUCUGCCUUCAUGGUCGGACCAGCGACAGAAUGAGAAGACACUGCAUUCUGUCAAAAACUUUAUUAAGAAAACACCCCCAGAUAUUGUUCUGUAUCUUGAUAGGUUGGAUACUCAGAGCAGAGAUUAUGGGGACAUGCCAUUAUUACGGACUAUAACAGAUAUAUUCGGACCAUCUAUAUGGUUUAAUGCUAUUGUCGUUUUGACACAUGCUGCCUCUGCCCCGCCUGAGGGCCCUAAUGGGACAGUCACAAGCUAUGACAUGUUUGUAACUCAGCGUUCACAUGCUGUGCAGCAAGCUAUUCGUCAAGCAGCUGGAGAUAUGCGCCUCAUGAACCCUGUUUCUUUGGUGGAGAAUCACUCUGCGUGCAGGACCAAUAGAGCUGGGCAAAGAGUGUUGCCAAAUGGUCAGGUUUGGAAGCCUCACUUGUUGCUUCUGUCCUUUGCCUCCAAAAUUUUAGCCGAAGCAAAUACACUUCUAAAGUUGCAAGAUAGCCCACCCGGGAGGAACUUUGCCUCUCGAUCAAGAUCACCCCCAUUACCGUUUCUACUCUCAUCCCUUCUGCAAUCUAGACCACAAGUUAAAUUGCCAACUGAACAAUUUGGAGAUGAUGAUGAGACCUUUGGUGAUGAUUUGGAUGAGUCAGAUUCAGAAGAGGAGUCUGAAUAUGAUAAAUUGCCUCCAUUUAAAUGCUUGACCAAAGCCCAGUUAGGGAAACUAACAAAAGAGCAAAGGAAGGCAUAUUUUGAUGAGCUAGAGUAUAGGGAAAAACUAUUGAUGAGGAAUCAGUUGAAGGAGGAGAGAAGGCGGCGUAAAUUGUUUAAAAUGCAAGCUGCCACUAAAGAUGUGCAUUCCCAUCCUACUGAAAUUGCAGAUGAGGAUAUUAAUGGUGCAGCUUCUGUUCCUGUGCCCAUGCCAGACCUGGCCUUACCCGCAUCAUUUGAUUCUGAUAAUCCAACUCAUAGAUAUCGUUGCCUUGAUUCUUCAAAUCAGUGGCUUGUGAGGCCUGUCCUAGACUCACAAGGUUGGGACCAUGAUAUUGGCUAUGAGGGGAUAAAUGUUGAAAGGAUGUUUGUGAUCAAAGAGAAGAUCCCGAUAUCUCUCUCUGGUCAAGCAUCAAAGGAUAAAAAAGACAGUAAUCUACAAUUGGAAAUAGCUAGUUCAUUGAAACAUGGUAAUGGGAAAGUAACCUCUCUAGGUUUAGAUAUGCAGUCACUUGGUAAGGAUGUUGCUUAUACAUUUCGCACUGAGACAAAGUUUAUCAAUUUCCGAAGAAACAAGGCAACUGCUGGUCUUUCGGCAACUCUCUUGGGUGAUGCCAUAACUGGGGGGGUUAAGGUUGAGGACAAGUUGAUUGUUAGCAAGCGUGGCCAGAUUGUCAUUUCUGGUGGUGCCAUGUUCGGGCGUGGUGAUGUUGCUUAUGGUGGCUGCUUGGAAGCUACAUUGAGAGAUAAAGACCAUCCGCUCGGCCGUUUUCUCUCUACUCUUGGACUUUCACUUAUGGAUUGGCAUGGCGAUCUUGCUAUUGGAUGCAAUUCUCAGACUCAAAUCCCGGUUGGGCGACAUACAAACUUGAUUGGUCGCGUCAACAUUAACAAUAGAGGUUCUGGACAAGUCAGUCUUCGCCUGACCAGCUCUGAACAGCUUCAGAUAGCCUUAGUUUGCCUGGUUCCUCUUGCCAGGAAGAUAUUGGGAUAUUCUCAAACAGUUCAAUACAGUUAGUAAAAAAUUGGUCCAUACAAGAUUGAGCAUGAUGAUGGUUGUCAUAAAAUCUUUUAUUUCCAUUUGGCGUGGUUAUUUUCAAUAAAUUGGCAGUGAUUGAAGGAGUGUUUGACUCUAAAUGCUGGAGAUUUUGGUGUGGCUUACUGGCUUACUCUUUUUACAUGUCUAUCUGGAAAAGACUUCCAAUGUUCUCAAGAAUUUGGAUGCGAUAAACCAUGGCUGCCUCUUUCGUUGCUAUGUAUAUCUUUUUCGCCUUUUCAAGGGAGAACGAACAUACAUUCUAUGGUACCUGGAAAACCUUUAUGAUCUGCUUCUAUCUGAAGAGGUGUUAUAGUUUAUAUUUUCGUGCUUUCAAAUUUUGUCGCUUUCCAUUUGCCAUUCGAUCGGGCUUGAGUAUGUAAACUUUGUGUGGACAUGUUAUUGGAAUAAUCUAAUUUUAUUUAUCUGGUGGUUAUGGUUAUCAUUAUGGGACG